AGAAGCGGGCUCAGCCCCGAGCCGGGGCCAGAGGCUGGGCGCCGGGAGCCGCGUCCGGAGGAGGAGGAGGAGGAGGAGGAGGGGGAGGAGGAGGAGGGGAGCUCGUCCACCCCCUCGGAAGGGGCCUCGGAGCGCCGAGAAGGUAAGGAAACAGAGGCUUUGGAUGAUAAGUGGAGGUACAGCCAUUAGCGCUGGACGUCAGAGACGGAGCUUCACUGGGAGACACCCCUGGGAGAGCGUGGGGCCUCCUACCAGCCGGCAGGCAGCUUCUCACCGCCUGCCCUUGCCCAUGAGGGAGCUCAGUCCUGCUUCCCUGCCUCUCUCUGAUCUGCCUGCACCUCCAGGACUGAUCUUGGCAAAUCUGCCCCCCCCAAAAUUCCUGCUGACACUUGUCUGUUCCUGCCUUUUGUGAAGCAUGGCACCCACAGGACUCCGGGAAGAAUCUUAAACACUGAACCUCCACCACUGCUCCGGAGGGCACACUGUGUGGCUCGUCCACAUCCUGGUCCCUGUCAGCUCCAGGGAGCUCCUCACAUCCCAGCGAUGCCCUCAGCAGCCUUGAACCCAGCUGGAUGAGAUCACUCCUGAGGGGGAACCAAUCUUGCCACCCACCAAGAUUCCCACACCGCCCCCCACCACCUCCCAUGCCUGGCCGCCCCAGCAGACUCUAGGAUGUCUGUGCCUCAGAUCCAAGUAGAAGAAGUGGUUGGUGGGGAAGAAGAGCCAGCAGGAGCAGCCCUGCCUCCCGAUGACCACCUGCGGAGCCUGAAGGCCCUCACCGAGAAACUGAGGCUGGAGACCCGGAGGCCUUCCUACUUGGAAUGGCAAGCCAGGCUGGAAGAGCAGACAUGGCCCUUCCCGAGGCCAGCUGCUGAGCAGGGGGAGUGUGGGCAGGAGGAGCCCUCAUCCCCAAGGAGGGGGUCCAAGCAGCAUCCCCCACCUAACAGGCGUGCCAGCCAGGAUGCUGGGCCCCAGCCCACCGGCAAGCUGGAAGGCUUUGAAAGUAUUGACGAAGCUAUAGCCUGGCUCAGGAAGGAACUGAUGGAGAUGCGGCUGCAGGACCAGCAGCUGGCCAGACAGCUCAUGCGGCUGCGCAGUGACAUCAACAAGCUGAAGAUCGAGCAGACCUGUGACCUGCACCGGAGGAUGCUCAACGAUGCCACCUACGAGCUGGAGGAACGGGACGAGCUGUCCGAUCUCUUCUGCGACUCCCCGCUGGCCUCCUCCUUCAGUCUCUCCACCCCGCUCAAGCUCAUCGGAGUCACCAAGAUGAACAUCAACUCCCGGAGGUUCUCUCUGUGCUGAGAAGCCCUGGAAGGGG